UUAGUGCUUUGUGAUGGGUAGCGAGGGCACAGAGAGCGAGAACUUCAUUCAGCACUGUUUCUGCAGCGUCCUGCAAAGGCCACUGUGUGACGAUCUUUUCAGUCGAACAGAAGCUGCCCAGGGGGACAUCAAAAGUUUAAAUCGCAUUUGGAUCUCCUGACUUCCUGAAGGUCAACAGCUUUUGAGGCACAGAUUCUAGAUCCCUCAGAAAUAUUUCCAGCCACUGAAAGCUUCCUCCAUCUCUCUGUCUGUCUGCCUCUCUCUCUGUUGCUCACAGUCUCUGGUAACUCAAGGGAUGACCAUCACCUAUACAGCGCGGGUGGCUAAUGUCCGCUUUUGCAGUUUUUCCAAACUGCUGGUUCUCUGGAAAGGCAGCAUCUACAAACUCCUCUACAAAGAAUUCCUCGUCUUCUCCUUCAUGUACGCAGUACUCAGUGUUGCCUACAGGUUUGUGCUGAUUGAGGAGCAGAAGAGGUAUUUUGAGAAACUGGCCCUGUACUGCAAUCACUAUGCUAACCUAAUCCCUAUGGCUUUUGUACUCGGUUUUUAUGUCACCCUUGUUGUAAACCGCUGGUGGAACCAGUACACCAGUAUCCCGCUCCCCGACCGGCUCAUGUGCGUCAUCUCGGGGAACGUGCAUGGGGCGGACGAGCGGGGUCGCAUGCUUCGCCGGACAAUGAUGAGAUAUGCCAGCCUCUCUGCCCUCCUCAUCCUCCGCUCCGUCAGCACUGCCGUCAUCAAACGCUUCCCCACCAUGGAUCACGUCGUCGAGGCAGGGUUUAUGACCAGAGAUGAGCGAAAGAAGUAUGAAAGUCUUCACUCUCCCUAUAACAAGUACUGGAUUCCUUGUGUCUGGUUUACAAACCUGGCCGCAAAGGGCCGUAAGGAAGGCCGAAUCAGAGAUGACAACGCCCUCAAGCUGUUAAUGGAGGAACUCAAUACUUUUAGAGCUAAGUGCAGCCUUCUCUUUCACUAUGACUGGAUCAGUAUCCCACUGGUGUACACACAGGUUGUUACAAUCGCAGUGUACAGUUUCUUCAUGACCUGCCUGAUUGGACGACAGUUUCUUGACCCUGCCCAGGGUUAUGCAGGUCACGACAUUGACUUGUAUGUUCCUGUAUUCACCCUGCUUCAGUUUUUCUUCUACGCUGGCUGGCUGAAGGUAGCAGAACAACUAAUAAAUCCCUUUGGAGAAGACGACGAUGACUUUGAAACAAAUCGUUUGAUUGAUCGGAACUUUCAGGGUUGCAUUGACUGUAGUUGUGACUGUUGCAUUCAGGUGUCAAUGAUGGCGGUCGAUGACAUGUAUCAGGAUUUGCCCCUAAUGGAAAAGGAUCGAUAUUGGAACGAGUCCAACCCUCGUCCCCCGUACACUGCUGCCACCGUGUUUGUGCUGCAGAAACCUUCCUUUCAGGGAUCCACCUUCGACAUGACGAUUUCGAAAGACGACAUGCACUUUCAGCCGAUGGAAGAGAUCGAGGAGAACCUGGAACAGGGCAAUCGGCACCACGUACCACUCUUUAGCCGUCUCUUGCCCACUGGCCCCUCGUCACCCAGUUUCCGUAGCAACAUUGCCCGCAAUGCCCGACCCUUCCAGUUGCUGAAGCGGGGGAACAGCGUCUCCUCGGAUGCUUCCAUGUACAGCUGCCUGUGCCAGGACACCCAGACCACCGCCUGCUCCUGCGGCACUUACAACGACCACAAGUCCCUGACCAAGAUCCAGUUCCUCUCGGAGAACGACACUGAGCCGGAAGGGAAAGGGACUGAGGCCGAGACGAGCAGCUUGAACCUUGGCGAGGAUGCUCUGACUCCGGCCGUCCAAGAUUUCAGAACUGGGGACGUGAGCGGCAGCAACGAUGGGCUUCUAGAUGCCCCCAUUAAAGCUGCUGACCCCUCCACAGAAGCUGAACAGUGCAGUCCACGGUCUAUCUCGCCCGUCAGUAACUCCAGAGAGAAAUUUCCACAGGGAGGGAAUUUGAUAUUUUCAUACGAUCCACAGUUCGAGUCCUACGAAGACCACGACUGCAAAGUCCAGAGCCCCUUAGUGACUCAGCCUGACCACAAUCGUCCAGCGGCAGAAAAGGGUACAGGCUCAGCUCUCCCACCCUGCAACAACAACAUUCCACCUUCAGUGGGACCCAGCUUGGCGGAGACCGGUGCCUACCGGGGGCCAUACAGUCUUCAGCAUCCAGGGAUGGGGGUGAAGACUGAGGCUCCUCUACUCCCUCUUUCUCCUGCCGAGGACGAACCUGGAGAGAAGUCAGAUUGGCCCAGGGUGACCAAACGGUCUCUCCGGGCAGACGGCAUGGAAGACGAGAGCGUGCCCUUGCACAUCUCUGAGCCACCGCGCGUCAAUGGCAGGGAGUCCUUCCUUUCGAAAACCAUAUCUGAGCUGUGAAGAAAGGUACGGCCAGAUUUAGACUGAACUUUUGUUUAAAAAAAACUGUGAAGAAAAGCCUACUACAUUUUUUUAAAAAUCUCUCUCUAACUGGAGUCAAAUUCAACACCUUGUGAGAGCAGACUUUCCUCACCAUGUAAGUCACUGAUUGGAGUCAUGGGCUGCUUUUCUGUGAAGCUUGAAAGAACAAGUCAGAAUUGUUGGGGCUCCAGUGACCGAAUUUAGGACAUCCGCUGUUAUGAUGAAAAGGCCUUUCCUUCUUGUGAAUGUACAUCAAACUCCUGUUCCAUCUGCCAACACCCAAGGAACAGCUGAAAGAUCUUUUGCUUUACAAUUGCUGUCCAUUUCCCUCUGCCCCCAUCCACACACCAGCUAAAUUACUAACUGGUCACUUGUCUCCUUAACAUCAAACCCCACCAUGCAUUUUUGCAUCUGCCAAUAUUUCCAAUACCCAUCCCAGAUUAUACUUUGAGCAUUAAGGUCUGCACUGAAUCAUAAGUUUGAGCAUUGGCAGUGACUGAUGACUAAAGAUACACGUUUAUAAUGAAUAAGGACUACAAAGAAAUGCAAAGUGAAAAGCAGGGAUCGUGGCUUGGUUUUCGAUUGAAAAUCUUCACUGACCGACUCCUUCUGAGAUGACCACACCUGCCCGUGCAUAAGAUUUUAUUAGAUUAGGAUUCCCUCCAGUGUGGAAACAGGCCUUUCGGCCCAACAAGUCCACACCACCUCUUGCAGCAUCCCACCCAGACCCAUCCCCCUAUAAUCCACACAGCCCCGAACAUUACGGGCAAUUUAGCCUGGCCAAUCCAACUAGCCUGCACAUCUUUGGACUGUGGGAGGAAACCGGAGCACCCGGAGGAAACCCUCGCAGACACGGGGAGAAUGUGCAAACUCCACAUAGCCAGACAGUUACCUGAGGCUGGAAUCGAACCCGGGUCCCUGGUGCUGUGAGGCUGCAGUGCUAACCACUGGGCCACCAUGCCGCCACGGUGUUUCUCUUGAGGUGUAGUGCCCUUUGUUUGAUUGCCUGUUCACUUUUGUAAAGCUGACACAAGUCAUUGAACUCUGGGCCAUUGGACAUCUUGCCGCAUCCAUGAAGCACCCACUUGUGAAUUCACUGGAGAAGUUUAUUAACACCAAUAAUUGCAGAGAAAAGUGACAAUUUACAUAGAUUUUGAGAAAAGAUUCUGGAUUGUUUGGGGGGGGCGGGAAGAGUUGGAGUUUGUGGGAGGGUGCUGUGUAAAGUUUAAGGAAAGAGUGGAGUUUGGAACAGUUUGUUAGGGGAGGAAGGAGGAUCUGACACUGCUGUCACACAGCAUGAGCUUUUUGGAUCGUACACCAUAUAGAGUCACCCUUCCUCUAAUGUAUUACACAUAGCUGAGACGCAUGAUCACAUGCAUCAAUCAUGUUCAAUGUGUUUAAAGAUUCGAGAUCAAUGAACACACACAACAGGACAGAUUACACCAAUGUGGUGGUGGGAUGAAGCUCCUUGGCAGCAUGAACCAUUUGAACACACAAUUCAAGAACCAGGAGAGACCAUUCAGCCCAAGAAGCCUGCUCACUCGUUCAACACCAGCACUGCGAUUAAUGUCACUUUUCUGCCACUUCCCAUAUCCACUGGAAUUCCCUAAGAUCUCAAAACCUUGCAUCUCCCAACCUUAAAUAAAUGUUGGCUUGAAUAGUGACCUACAUCGUGUGAAUGAAUAAAAAAGAAAAUUUGGACAAUGGUCAGUGCAGUUUUUUUUGGGGGGGGGGGGGGGUUAAAGGAUCUUUUCCACUUGUUUUGAAAAAUAGUGAAAUGGCUGAAAGCAUUGCCCUAACAGCUGUGAUUUGUCACAAGAAAUGCAAAAUAACUAGCUGAUGAAUUUGGAAUCGUGUAUUUGUUAAAUUGCUCACUUAGAACACUUUUAGUAGGCUUCUUGGAUUUUUUUUUUUAAAAAAGGCUUUGUUAGAACCCUUCCAUUGUGUUAUAUAGAGGACAUGAAGGGCGAGUUAGGGAGAGGGAUUUUGUUUAUCAAAGAAAAUUAAUUCACAUAGCACGGGAACAGACCCUUCGGUCCAUGCCGACCAUAUUUUCAACUAGCGCCACCUAUCUACCCUUGGCUCAUAUCCCUCCAAACAUUUUUUAUUCAUGUAUUUAUUUAAAUGUCAUUUACACAUUAUAACUGUACCUACAGCCACCACUUCUGCUGGAAGGUCAAUCCACACAUGAACCACCCUGUGCAAAACAAACUGCCCUUCACAUCAUUUUUAAAUCUUUGUCCUCACAUCUUAGACUGUGCCCUCUAGUCUUGAGAUCUCCCCAGCCUAGGGAAAAGAUCUUUGCAAUUCAUCACAUCCAAGCCCCUCAUGAUUUUAUAAACCUCUAUAAAAGAUCACCCCUCAGCCUCUUACACUCCAGUGAAAAGAAGUCCCAACCUGUCCAGCCUCUCCCCAUUCCCAGUAACAUCCUGGUAAAUCUCUUCUGAACCCUCUCCAGCUUAAGAAUAUUCUUUGUACUACUCAACGACCAGAACUGGACACAGUACUGCAGAAGAGGCUUUACCAGCGAUCCAUACAACCUCAAUAUAAGGUCCCAAUUCCUAUACUCAACUGCCUGAGAAAUGAAAGCAAGAGUGCUAAAUGCCUCCUUAACCACCCGAAUCUACACGCAAUGUAAACUUCAAGGAUGCUGUGGAUGGUUCAGUUGCCAAGCUGGCCCUUUGG